AUGUCAGGAUACCCGGGUCACUACGGAGGAUAUCAAGGUGGACCGCCACCGCAACAACAAUAUGCUCCUCAAGGCGGUUACUAUCCUCCACCGCAGCAAGGCUACAGCGGAUACCCAUCCCAGGGUCCGGGAUACGGCUACCAACAGCCUUCACCCCAACCUUACGGAUACAACCAGCCUCCUCCUCAACAGCAAUAUGGCAGCUAUCACCCGCCGCAGCCUAAUUACACUAACCGUCCUGGAAUGCCGUCGGUGAACUCGAACUCCUACGUCCAUGGAAACCACAAUGCUCCUCCGCCACCGCCAUCAGCGCCUCAGGGAUUCGGUCACGGCGCUCCCAAUGGCUAUAACUUCCAAUACUCCAAUUGUACCGGCCGAAGAAAGGCUCUGCUAAUUGGCAUCAAUUAUUUUGGCCAGAGAGGUCAGCUGCGCGGCUGUAUCAAUGAUGUGAAAAACAUGUCAGCAUACCUUGUUGAACGAUUCGGAUACAAGAGAGAAGAUAUGGUCCUCUUGACAGAUGACCAGCAAAAUCCCAUGAGCCAGCCGACGAAACAGAACCUUUUGAGGGCUAUGCACUGGCUAGUGAAAGACGCGAGGCCAAACGACUCUCUAUUUUUCCAUUACUCAGGACAUGGUGGUCAAACCAAAGAUCUUGAUGGCGAUGAGGACGACGGAUACGAUGAGGUUAUCUACCCGGUAGACUUCCGCCAAACUGGCCACAUCACAGACGACGAGAUGCACAGGAUUAUGGUUAAGCCGCUACAGGCUGGUGUACGGCUCACUGCCAUCUUCGACUCGUGUCAUUCAGGCACUGCCCUUGAUUUGCCUUACAUCUAUUCGACCCAAGGCAUUCUCAAAGAACCCAAUCUUGCCAAGGAAGCUGGUCAAGGACUCAUUGGUGUUAUUUCAUCAUACAGUCAAGGCGACCUUGGCGGUGUUGCAAGCAACAUUAUGGGAUUCUUCAAAAAGGCCACUACAGGCGAGGAUGCACACAACCGUGCGAUGGCUACUAAGACAUCGCCUGCUGACGUGAUCAUGUUCUCUGGAAGCAAAGAUGACCAAACUUCGGCGACGGGUUACGUUGUACCUCAUUCGCGCCGCAAGCGUGGCCAUGGGGGAUCACGCGACGCUGCUCACCUCUUUGACUACCAGAUUAUAGACAGAACCGAGGAGGCUGACCUGAGUAACAGGGCCGAUGCAACAAUUGCUGCUCAAGCUACCGGCGCUAUGUCGUGGGCCUUUAUUACCGCUUUGAAAAAGAACCCCCAACAGAGUUAUGUCCAGCUUCUUAACAGCAUUCGAGAUGAGCUUGCGACUCGCUACACCCAGAAACCACAACUAUCGUGUAGUCAUCCCCUGAACACCAAUCUCCUGUUCGUCAUGUAA